CUCUCAUAGGGACUAGGGAGGAGGCAGUGGUCCGCCUGAUUUCGGUGGGAGUGUCUGGAUAGUUGGGGUAUAAAUAGCCUGAUUAAAGUCAUACUCUGAGCGGCUGGACCUCCUGUGGCCAGAUUCUGUUUGGUGUGUUCCGCAGAAAGCAGCAUCAUGGCACCUGUCCUACUGUGCGUGCUGGUUUGGACAGCGUUUGCCUGGUCUCCAACCCGCGCCCACCUCAACGAAACCAUCUACGCCGUGACUGUGAGCUCCAGGGUGACCGGAGGGGCAUCUGAGACGCUGUGCGCCCACGUCCUCUCCCCCCCGGAGCCGCUGGCCCUCAGGGUGACUCUGGAGGCGCAGUCCGGGAGCACCGUCAUCCUGGAGGAGACGGUUUCCACGGAUUACUACGGCUGCUCCACCUUUCAGGUUCCCAUUGUGACCAGCAGCACGGUGGCCACGGUCAAUGUGGCCAUCCAGGGCGAGAGUGCCGUCAUGAGCAAGAAGACCAAGGUCCUCAUCGCCCCUCCAGCCUUUCUUCAUCUGAUCGUGAUGGACAAGCCGCUCUACAAGCCUGGACAGACUGUCCAGUUCCGGAUCGUCUCCAUGGACGCUGGCUUCAUCCCUUUCAAUGAGCUGUAUAAAACAGUUGAGCUUCAGGACCCCAACAGAAACCGCAUCGCGCAGUGGCUGGAUAGGGCCGCCGUCAGUGGCAUCCUGGACAUCUCUCACCCCAUGAGUCCAGAGGCCGCCCAGGGACCCUACACCAUCACUGCCUGGACGGAGAAAGGAGAGAGCACCUCUCGUUCCUUUGACAUCAAGGAAUACGUUUUGCCAAAAUAUGCCGUCAACAUUAGACUACCUAAUGUCAUAAAUAUUUUACAACAAGAAGUCCCCAUACAAAUUUGUGGAAGAUACACCUAUGGAAAGCCUGUCCUUGGGUCCAUCAAGGUGGUAGUUUGUAGAGAGGGCCAGGGCCAUUUUUCAUGGCAUUAUUCUGAAAAGCAAGAAGACAUCUGUGUGACAUCACAACUGCAGACGGACAGAACUGGCUGUGCAACGCACUUCAUUAGGGUAUCGGCAUUUGGCCCAAGAGAUCAAACGUACCGGGACAUGUUUGAGGUGACGGCUGAAAUGGAGGAGUAUGGCACUGGGGUGGUCAUUCAAGCCAGUGGCCAAACGCCCUUCUCUGUUAAUGUCAGAGAACUCACAUUUGAGAAUGUUGCAGAUAAUACUGCCUAUAAGCCAGGGAUCCCAUUCGAGGGCAAGGUCAAGCUGACUGGAAUAGACAGGAAGGCGGUGGGGGACGAGGUGGUAUAUCUAUACGUGGACGUCAAUGCAGCGUCGUACAACCUCACGCUUCUGACCCAAGACAACGGCAUGGCUUCUUUCUCCCUGGACACCUCCCUGUGGAAGAACAGCGUGGUUCUUACGGCAAGCUCUAGACCCAAGGAAGAACGGCAGUCAUUUGUGCAUGGGGAACGCCUGCCUGCAUACCCCUCGGCAGUACUGACCAUGAGGCCGUUCUACUCUAAGAGCAAGAGCUUCGUGAAGAUCUCGGCCAACGGCCACAAGAGCCUCUGUGAGGGGGAGUCCCAGGUGGGCGCCCAGUACAUCAUCCAGGGCGAGGAGCUUAGGCCGGGGCAGGAGGAACUGCCCUUCUACUACACCGUGAUGUCCAAAGGUGCAAUAAUGAGGCAUGGGCAUCUUCCAGUUGCUGUAAAAGAUGGAAUCGUCAACAAAGGAGUGCUAUCCAUCCCCCUGCUUGAAAAAGCUGCCCUCAGCCCAUAUGCCCAAGUGGUGGUGUACACUUUGAUGCCAAGUGGGGAGGUGUUGGCGGAUAACAUGGACUUCCCAGUGGACCAGUGCUUCGAGAAUAGGGUGAAGCUGGAGUUCUCAGCAGAUCGAGAGCUGCCUGGAGGAGAGACCUUGUUUCGCCUGGAGAGCCAGCCAGGAUCCUUGUGCUCCGUCAGGGCAGUGGACCAGAGCAUCCUUCUGCUGCAGCCGGAUCAGGAGCUCAGCCCUUCUUAUGUGUUCAAACAGCUGCCUGUGCAGAAGCUGAGUGGCUUCAGCUACCAAGUUGAGGACCGUGAGCCGGAUCUCUGCUCGCCCUGGGAAGACGUGGCGGAAUCCACCGCGAAGGACGACGUCUACAGUGUUUUUAAAGAAAUUGGAAUAAAACUUGUGACCAACUCUGAGGUGAAGAAACCAGCCACCUGUGUGUUCCUUGAACGUCAAGAUCAUGAUAUUGUAUUUAGUCGUUUGAUGUAUGAUGAUGAUGUUCAAGAAUUCGACUCAGCGACGCACUUGAAGCCCAUGAAAAAAAAAAGGGAAAAAAUAGAAACUGUGAGAAGCUACUUCCCUGACACCUGGAUCUGGGAGCUGAUCGCUGUCGGAGACAGCGGGUCGGUGAGCGUGGUGAAGACGCUCCCUGACACCAUCACCAGCUGGCGGGCCCAGGCCUUCUGCACCUCCUCCUCCCUGGGCUUCGGCCUGUCCCGGGACACGGCGCUGGUGGCCUUCCAGCCCUUCUUCGUCAGCCUGACGCUGCCCUACUCGGUGGUCCGAGGGGAGGUGUUCACGCUCAGAGCCACCGUCUUCAACUACCUCCCUAGCUGCAUCAUGGUCAGGGUCCAGCUGAGCAACUCGUCCCACUUCUCCCUCAGAGAGUGUGCGGACUGCCAGUACACCAUGUGUGUGUGUGCAGAGGAGAGCAGGGUUUUCCAGUGGGAGGUCAGCCCCUCCUCCCUUGGGGAGGUGACCCUGGAGGUCCGGGCCGAGGCGCUGCACACGGAGCAGCUGUGUGGGAACGAGGUGGCGCCCCCGCCCACGGUGGGCCGGGUGGACACAGUGGUGCGCAAACUACUGGUGGAGGCAGAAGGCACCCCAGUGGCUGUUACCCACAAUGCAUUCCUCUGUCCUGGAGCAGAGAAGCCAGCAGAGAAGAACAUCUCUCUCCUGCUGCCAGACCUGUUUGUGGCUGGUUCUGCCAGGGCCUCUUUCUCUGUGUUGGGGGACCUGAUGGGCCGGGCCAUGAAGAACCUGGACAAACUGCUGGCCAUGCCGUACGGCUGCGGGGAGCAGAACAUGAUCCUGUUCGCCCCAAACAUCUACAUCCUCAACUACCUGACCAGCACCGCACAGCUGACACACGCCAUUAAGGAGCGGGCCACGCGCUUCCUGGAGAGCGGCUACCAGAGAGAGCUCACCUACCGGCAUGACGAUGGCUCCUACAGUGCUUUUGGCAAGAGUGACGCGUCUGGAAACACCUGGCUGACUGCCUUUGUGAUGAAGUCGUUUGGCGGCGCCAAGCCCUACAUCUUCAUCGACCCAACACUAAUCGUGGACUCCAGAACCUGGCUGCUCAGCCACCGGCGGCAAGAUGGAUGCAUCACAUCAGUUGGAAAACUGUUUAACAACGGCAUGAAGGGCGGGGUGAGCGACGACGUGUCUCUGACCGCCUACAUCACGGCUGCACUGCUGGAGCUGGAUGCAGCAGACCCCAUGGUGUCGGGGUGCCUGCAGUGCCUGAGAGUGGCGGUAGCGGGAAAGCUGGAGAACAUGUACACCACAGCCCUCCUCUCCUACACCUUCACCCUGGCAGGGGACCAGCAGACCAGGGCCGCGCUCCUCACCGCUCUCCACCAGCGCUCCGUCACAGACGGGGGCACGCGCCACUGGAAGCGGGCGGAGGCCUCUGAGAAGGUUCUGGACUCCCUGGAGGUUGAGAUGACGGCCUACGUACUGCUUGCGGUUCUCUCCGGACCCCCGGUGCCGGGCUUCGACCUAGACUAUGCCUCCAGCAUCACACGCUGGCUCAUCCAACAGCAGAACCCCUACGGCGGCUUCGCCUCUACGCAGGACACGGUGGUGGCCCUCCAGGCCCUGGCCCGCUACGGCGCUGCCACCUACAGCUCGGAGGGCGCCUGCGUGGUGGGGCUGAGCUCGCUGGGCGGGGCCAGCUGGCAGUUCACCGUGGACCAGAGCACCCGGCUGCUGUACCAGGAGCAGGCGCUGGACCGCCUGCCCGGGGACUACCGCAUCACGGCCCAGGGGCAGGGCUGUGUCCAGGCACAGAUCGCCAUGCGUUACAACAUUCCCCCUCCUGGUGACUUCAGUUCCUUCCACAUCGCCGCAACAACGACCGCUGUGUGUAACAGCACCCGGCCCACACUGACCAUCAAAGUGGACCUCAGGUACCAAGGUAGGAGAGAGGAGACCAACAUGGUGAUCAUCAACCUCAAGCUCCUGUCAGGCUAUGGCCUUCAGCAGAGCACUCUGCAGGAGCUGAAGAGACAGAGCAGUGUGAAGCGUGUGGACUUUGAAGAGGGCUACAUCAACAUCUACCUCGACGGCCUGAAGAAGGAGGUGUUGAGGAGCUACAGCGUGACCCUGGAGGAGGAGGAGGCCGUCAGGAACCUGAGGCCGGCCGUGGUGAAGGUGUACGACUACUACCAGACAAGUGACGAGGCAGUGGCAGACUACUCCUCCCCUUGUGCGGAGCGUAAGUACACCCAGUUUAACCACGCCCAGCUGAAGCUUGCCAAGGUGAUGAUGUGAAUGAUCUACUAUUGGAACGAUUGGAGCCACCAACAAGAAGCACAUCAAUCAAAUUAAAGCCGGACUAAUGGUUGUGCUAAAUUGUUAAUUGUAGCCAGUGAAUUCUUUGAAUGACAAAAGAUGAGAUUUAAUUUCAACAUACACUUUAAAAAAGAGGAAAUUGCCAAUAUGACAUGCAUUCAAGAAAGCCAAUGUUUAUUCAAUUACAAUUCUGUCUUUCUUAUUCGAUAAAGAUAAUCCAUCGUUUCCAUUGGCGUGACAGUGAGCUAUGAAACAAGGUACCGUAGACACAAUAAUGGUCUAACAGUCGACUGGGAUUGAAUGGAUCCGAACGACGGAAACAAACCAGUAUUACAAAACAGCUUAGAUAGAAGUUUGUCUGCACACGCUGGGUGAUUACAGGUGAAUUGUGAUUGUGAUUUCAUGUAGUGCGCCUUGCUCUACAUUUUAUUCUCUUUUUAACAAAUAUUAUAUUAAUUCAUCACUACCAUAGUUUAAAUUUCGCCACAAUAAAAUCUUUAAAUGACAAAAUACAAA